AUGACUUGUCCCCCUGAGACCGGGCCGGACCAUCCGGCUGCCGAUCCAACCGAAGCCGAACUAGAGGGAGUCUACUGUACUCUAGCGUUGCGUGUGAUUAACUACUCUCGUUUAGAUCGUUACAAUCAUGACAUCGGGGAGGAUACGGAUGACCCCGAGGAGAGCAUUUUGUUUGGUACCUUCUCUUCAUGCUCUCCCCAGUACAAGAAGGUUCAGUCUCGACUCAGCACACACAGCAACAGUGGGUCUAGUGAUGAUGCUCGCAAGUUCAUCUUCCGUUGUGACUCUGACAACUCAAACACGAGUGAACAACCCUCCACAGCGCCUUUCCCUGGAUUCGAUCGUCUCCCUCUAGAACAGUCGUCGGGUGAAGAGCAGACUACAGUGUUAGGUACUGAACAAGUUAGCACACCAGAGUCGUCGCAGACAGAGAGUGACGAUGUCUCGCCACAGGUGCAGCGCAAACGUCGUCUGCACUCCAGAGAGGGACUGCCUCGUUUCUCCAUCUCAACAGAAGAUGAUCAGGCCAGACGCACAACUUGUCAGUUAAUUUGGAAUGUGGACAAGUCAAGCAGCAGUGGUGCUACAAGUGAGGACUCGUCCAGUUCACUCACUCACUCCCCCCUUGCUAACUCCAUGUGUGUUGGUCGUGCGUUUUGCAACUCGGAGGUUUGUCCACCGACCCAAGGGAUCACAAAGGAUCUGUCUCCCAUGGUAGAGAAGACUAAGGGUCUGCCUGCUGCUCUACGGAUGGCUAUCUCCCCAAUCUUCCCGAUAUCCAAGCAUCGCUCCAGAGCUGUCAUAAAGAGUUUCUCUGCCUCCGGACUCUCUCUUAUUAUUCCACCAGCGGAAGACAUGCCCCCACCUAUCCAGUCUCCCGGAGGCUCAAGUACAGCCAGUUCCCGGGAUACUUCCCCUUGUCGAGAACUCUCCCCCUUGGUCAACAGUCUGAAGCCCCCCAUCAUCAUCCGGCGAGGACCUGCGGGCUUUGGCUUCACCGUCCAUACCAUCCGUGUGUAUUAUGGGGACACUGACUUUUACACCAUGCAUCACCUUGUCAUGGCAGUUGAAUGUGGAAGUCCUGCAUUUGAGGCUGGGUUGCGUCCUGGGGACUUGAUUACACACAUCAACAGUGAAGCCGUCCAAGGACUGUACCAUACCCAGGUGCUACAACUGCUGCUGGCUGGGGGCGACCACGUCACCAUCCGCUCCACACCUCUAGAGAACACCAGCAUAAAGUCUGGUGGCCGGCGCAGGGAGCCGGGCCAGAGCAAGCUGGCUCGCCGCAGUCAGGCCAAGCAGCGGCGACAGAAGCGUGAUAUUGGGGAUAAGCGACGAAAAACUUCACUUUUUCGUCGCAUCAGCAGUAAACGGGCUAGUGUGGAGAUGCAGCAGAUGGCUGCAGGUGUGUCGUCCCCUCCAUUAGUAACUCCUAGCCGUAGUUUCCAGUCGUUUAGUAGAACACUCUCUCAAUCAACCCCUGAGACCCCACCUACUGUGGAGACCCCCCGCCAGUCAGAUUUGUCAUCUAGCUCUGCUAGCUCUCCCUCUAGUUGCAGUCCCGGUCCUCCCACUACCCCCUACCAACGUCCCUCGACUCUACACGGACUGAAACACAAACUACACACCGCGGCCAAGUCAGUUCAUUCUCCUGGCCGUCGUAAGUCUGUCGGACAUAUUCCUCUUUCUCCUCUAGCAAGGACACCAUCCCCCUCCCCACUACCCUCAUCCCCCACCCGAUCACCUUCUCCCUUAGCCUUCCCCCCUGGCCACCAACCCGGCAGCUCUAACACCACUCAGAGCUACAGUCCAGGAACCUCUGUUGCCACACCCUCAUCAGGUCCUAAAAAGGGUUUUGGACGAGCUAAGAGUGCUGAGCCGGGGUCGCCGUUGCUGAGACGAGCGUUGUCCCCUGAUAGACUUCACCCUCGCACAGCUGAGAAGCCUGGACCCGCCUCCAUCUCCCCGCUCUGUGACCCAGCCCUCAAGGUUACAAUUACAUCAGCUCCCAGGGUGACUAUCACGUCCAAGUCACCUCCAGUCUUGAAGCCCAUUGUUGUUGAGGAAGAAAAAGAGCAAGUCAAAUCCAAGCCUUCUGUCAAAGCUAUGGCUGACAAUGAUCGGAGUAGUAACAAAAUAGAAGAAGAGUUCAUGAUAGGCAACAAUCAGCCUUUGCCCCGUAUCGCUGAAGAAAAAGAUUCUCCGACUGCAUUGAAAGAGGAACUUGCAAAUUUGAAAUCAGACCCGACGCUACUUCCAAAAGAAUGUGUAUUUACAACAUGUGUUUUGAAACCUGAAUCAUCUCAGAUUCAGCCUCCCGCUCUGAAAUUAGAACCCAGCCCAGUUCUCCGAGAGCCACCCCCCUUGCCACAGAAACCGAGAAGUAAAGGAUCCACUAUUAAGGGAAUCUGUUCAGGAAAGAAAUGGAAGAUGAGAGAAAAUCAGACUCAAAAACAGAGUAAAGAUGAAGAUGCAACGGACAGUAAAACUUCAGGACCCCCCUCGACUUCUGGUAUUUUGAAAUCCGGGCGAAAGUAGUUUGGUAGUACCUUUCAAGUAGGUGCUUGUGUAUAUAUAUAAAUAUUUUUCUGUAAAGUUCUUUUUUUACUUGUACUACAUACUUACCAUUCAGUUUUUUUUUGUUUUUUUAUAAUGUGUAUAGUUUAUAAUAUUUACCGAGUUAUGUUCGAUUUUAUGAGUAUUCCUGUUAAUAUGUACACAUAAAAUGUAAAUGUGAUUUUAAAUAGUACAUAACUGUAGUAUGACAGAAUUGCGAUCUGAGUGAAAUAAACACCAGUCUUUCUUUCUUUUAAACAUAGAUUAUAUUUUUGUAUCUUAACUUAUGCGGCCACAGCAGAAGAGCUCUGUUGCUGGUUAUUUUGAAAGUUAAACAAAUAGUUUUAAGAAUUUGUUGUGAUUACUUUUAAAGUUGCUGGUUCAGAAAUACAUUUUUAAUAUACUAAGUAUAUUAGCAAGAAAGUGUUUAAUUGUCUUUUUCUGUGGUAGGAGUUUUUUGUCCUGAAUGUAAAUGUUUUUAUUUUUAUAUUUAUUUAAAUUGAAGUGCAGGUGUUAUACCUUUCAAUCCAAUGCUGUUUCUCAGAAUAGCCUAAACUCCUUUAGAUUUGAUAAUCUUCGUGUAGUUAUCCUUACUCUUACCUCCUAGGACAGGUGAAUACUUUGGUAAAUAUUAUUUGACCCAAGUAUUGGAAGAAAACUUUUCAAAAAUUGUAAAUAUUACCGUAGUAAAAAUAAAAAUACUUUGUUGUAUUUUCUCCAUGAUGAGUCAAUGGAAGUUCUUUGCUGAACAGUAUUUAAUAUUAUUAUUAUCUAUCCAUGUAUGUAGCAUGUAAACUUAAACUAUAAAGUUAAAAUAGAUGAACCGAGCCCUCAAAUAGCUAAAUUGUUAGUUACUGAACUUAUCUGCCUUAAUAAAAAAGUAGUCCCAAUAUCGCAGAUACGUUGAAUACUGAACUUAUUUUUUUCAUAGCUUAUUCAGAUUUUUAAACAUAACAUUAAAAUCUAAAACCUGAUUUGUAGUUAAAAAAAGCUCUGUGAUUUGCUUUGACAUUUAUAAGAUUAAACACUAAACCUGUUAAAUAUAAACUAUAAAGUGUUCAAAAAAUAAUACCCUAUUACAUUAAAAUAUUUAUGCUUUAUAAUAUGAUACAUUAAACUUUCAAACUACAGAUGAAUGACAUAAAAGGUUUUAUCCUCUAGCUUACUCUUGUGAUCAAUGUUGUCUCAGGGCAAGUUGAGGGAAUGCACAAUUGAUUGAAUGAAAACAGUACCACUUGAUGUUUCUCUUUAAACCAAACUUAUUGGAAUUAUCUUUAAUUUAAAGUAUUAUUUUAAAAUGUAUAAUAAAUUUAAAACUGUUUAUAUUCAUUUUAAAAUAAUUUGCUUUAAUUGUCCCGUAUAUGCUUUGUUUCUACAAGAUUUGUUUCAUGUUACAAGUGUUAACAUACGUGAGUUAAACAGUAAGAUCUGCUUAUUAUUUAUUUUUAAUUUCUAUUGAACUACGUUAAACGCUGCUCGGUUUGUCCUUCCUGUCUUUUGUGGUUUUCCUGUUCAGUGUGAAAGCGCAAGUGUGAUAUUUUGAUGCUAUCUAAAGGAUUCUUCCUUUUUUGGAUUUAGGAUCCUUGUUUGCCAUUUGAUUUAUUGUUCGUACUUACUAGACUAGUUUUAUUUGUUACAGUUAUGUAAUCUGUCUAGAUAAAAAUGGGGUUUGAAGUCUCAUUGUCCCUUGUUGUUGGCACGUAUUCUUGUUGUAAUGAGUGUGUAUCCGUGUUAGAUAUUACCUCGGUCACCGUAGCUAAAUGCUGACUGGUUGCUCCUCGUGAUAUAGUUCGCUCCGUUAGUGCAAUACACCACUUAAUUUGCCAUAUGUUAGUGGACGACCUAGUUAGACAGUUAAAUUGUUAACGUCCAUCAAUAGUCAAGUGUGCCUCUUUCCAGUAAAGUCAGUAUUCCAAGCCUUAAAAGAGCAAUAAACCAGUGUUUCCUUUGCAAACAACACUCUCAUUAACUUUGUAUGAAUUAAGAAAGCCCUAGUCAAUUUUACUGUGUUUGUUUUUUCUAUGUAAAAAAAAUAUUUAAAAUGUUAUUUUAGAGUGUUAAAACUACCUGAAUUCUCUUCACCAUCCAUCUAAACAAUCAUCAUGUCCAUUAUAUUUAUUGACCAUUUCUUAAAAAAAAUAGUAAAGUGAAAAUGUAAAAGUUGUAGUGGUUUGUUUAUAAAUGUUAAACAAAGCAAGAGGGAAAAUGCAUGAUUUAUAAAUAAUUUCCACUGGUGUACUCAUGGUUAUUUAUUAUAAUAUUUAUUUCUAGUACUGAUGGGUUUUUUGAAUGUAACUCGACAAUGUUAAAUUUUUGAAAUGUUAGAUUGAAGAAGGACCAUUAGAUUUUAAAAUUUGUUGCCACCAUUAUAUUUCACAAUUUGUUGAUGUCCUGUGUUUAAUCUAUUUUGUCUGUCUUGUUAGGUUAUAUUUAAUUCUCAGAUUGCCAUGUACCAUUGCCUGCUUAUUAAAUUUCUAGUUAAGUUUUGUUGCGCAUAUCUUCCGUUUUCCUAAUGGUUUCUUCUUCAUAAUUUUAAUUAUUCCUCGAUGAUUGUUCAAAAUAAAUAGUUCUACUUCUUUUACAUAA